GUGUUCACAUUUAUCAUUUCGAAGUUCCUUUUCUUUGUACUUGUCCGCAUUGAUUGAUCAAUGGUGUGUCUUGAUAAUUGAUCUCCAUUUGCUUUGUGUGUGUGUGUGUGUGUGUGUGUGUAUGUAGUGUCAUAUAAUUUUUCCUUGUUUUUCAUAUUACAUCGUAUUACUUCAUAUUACAUCUCUUGCCUCUUGCUUUCAAAAUAUAGAGGAAAUAUAGCAAGAAAGCGUAGUCAUCUUUGCACUAUUGUAUAUAAUAUAAUAUAAUAUAAUAUGCUGAGGCUCCUCUAUCUGUUUUUGAAAAUUUCAGUUGUAUUUAUUUAAUAAUUUUUAAAUGGCAUAAAUAAAAUGGCAUUUAUUGUUAACAUGGCACCAUAAUCCUAACAACAAGGACAUUACUAUUUUAUUUCUUUAUUUCAAAUUGUUUCUCAAUCAAAGAAACCCAUUACAGCCUAAAUGAAACACUUUUUAUUGGUAAUAUGCAUUGCUAAGAACUUCGCUUGAACAACUUUAAAGGUAAUUUUCUCAUUUUGAGUUUUUUUCGAAACAUUGUAUCUCAGACAAAAAAUUUAGAAAUUUUGAAAUUACAUAUAAAGCCCUAAAUGACUUAGCUCUUCAGUACUUGAGCAAGCUCUUAUUGAAUUUUAGUCCAGAGGAGAAUUGGCCCCAACUGAGCCUGUUUUUUUUUCCUUCAUUCUGUUACAGAUGGGGUUUUAAUUUCUUGCACCUCAGGCUUGCUUAGUAGGAGACACUUAUUUACUAGCGUUUAUCGUUGAUUGGAUUACAGAGUCUCUGCAUUUAAUAAAUAAAUGAAUACAUUACUAUUUAUCACCAUCUAUUUAGCACCCAAACUCUCCCUAACACUGUUCGAGAGGCAGACACACUCUGUCAGUUUAAAUCCAGAUUAAAGACCCAUCUCUUUAACCUGGCUUACACACAACACACUAAUACACUUCUAUUAUUCAAAUCUGUUAAAGGAUUGUUUGGCUGCAGUAAUUAGAUCAACUGAAACCGAGAAUACACCCCAUAACAUGUACUUGUUAUAUCGAAAGAAGAACAGCAUCUACGUUAAUAUUAGUCAGUUUCUUUCUUAUUGUCUAAAUAUACGAGACCUAAAGUGUCUCAUUUUUUUAUGUGUUCAUGCACGUAGUGUAACGGCUGGCUCGUAGGCCACGACAAAGGAGGAGUCAACACGUUGGAUAACAUUCAAAAAAAGAAAAAACAUUUAUAAAAGUAAGGAAAAUUAGAGUAAAAGAAGACAAAACAACAGAAGGAUGGAUAACAAGCGCCUCUGAAGGGAGCACAACUGAAGGGAGCAGUUUAAAUCUUCCGGAGGAAGCUCCUAACUCUUCUGUGUUUUUUUACAUUCAAAACUUUGGUGCCCAUUUACGUCUAUCAUAUGACUGACAGACUUCAAUGGUUUAAGUUCUAAUGAAGAAACAAAAGGUACAUACAUCUCUUUCCAUUCCACUUAUAUGUUACUGGUUCAUUAACAUUUAACAUAGGAUUACCAUACUUAGCAGAUAUGAAAAAAGUAUUAGUAUCUAUUGAGUUGAGGAUAUCUAUGGUCUAAAAAGUAACUAAUAACUAAACUAAAAGUACUAAUUCUAUUGUUUUCUUAAAUACCAAUUACUAUUGGAAUAAGCACUAGUAUCUAAUGAAUAACUUCUGCAACUACAAAAGGGCUUAAUAAAAAUCAGCCCUAAGAAUCGUAUAAAUAAGCAGCUAAACAAUAAGCAUGAGUAGCUAAAGAAUAAGUACUAGUAAUGAAAAAUAUACUAUCAUCUAAAAAAUAAGUACUAGUAGCAUGAAAAUAGAUAUUAUAGAACUUAUAGAUAUAUAAUUUUUUUAAGCAGUUUAGCCAGAAUGUCUGUGAAGCUGUGAGGUUGUCUUUGAAAAUAAAGCAAAAUGAAAUAAAAUUGUAAUUCUUCUUGAGAAGACUGACACCUAGAGGGCAUUAUUAUUUGAAGCUAUUGCACACGUCUCUCAAACACAUAACCAGGAAGUACUUAACCAGGAAACAAAAAACCUAAGCACUGACAGACCGCUGUAUGUGCCUGUGUAUACUUGCAGAAAUGGCAGAAGGCAGUAUUUCAUGGGCUCAGGAUCAGUUCAGCUGUCCGAUCUGUCUGGAUCUACUGAAAGAUCCAGUGACCAUCCCCUGUGGACACAGCUACUGCAUGAACUGUAUCACAGACUUCUGGAAUCAAGAUGAUCAGAAGGGAGUCUACAGCUGCCCUGAGUGCCGACAGACCUUCAGUCCAAGACCUGCUUUAAACAAGAAUGUGAUGUUGGCUGAAAUGGUGGAGAAACUGAAGAAGAUCAAAGUCCAAACAGCUUGCCCUGAUCCAAGUUAUGCUGGACCUGGAGACGUAGAGUGUAACGUCUGCACAGGGAGAAAAUAUAAAGCUGUCAAGUCCUGUUUGUUGUGCCUGAACUCUUACUGUCAAAUUCACCUCAAACAACACAACAGUUUCUUUAAAGAUAAGAGGCACAAUCUGAUAAAUGCCACUGGACGACUCGAGGAGAGGAUCUGCCCUCAACAUGACCGACUGCUGGAGAUUUACUGUCGUACUGACCAACAAUGUGUUUGUUUGCUGUGUACGAUAAACGAACAUACAAAUCAUGACACAGUUUCAGCUAAAGCAGAGAGGACUGAGAAACAGAGACAACUGUUAGGCAUUCAAAGAAAUCUCCAGAAGAGAAUCCACAAAAGAGAGAAAAAGAUUCAGGAGCUGAAAGAGGCUGUGAAGUCGCAUAAGCGCUCUGCACAGGCGGCAGUGGAGGACAGUGAGAGGAUCUUCAAUGAACUGAUCCGCUCUAUUAGGAGAAGCUACUCUGAGGUGACAAAGGUGAUCAGAGAUCAAGAAAAGGCUGAAGUGAGUCGAGCUGAAGGACUCUUGAAGCAACUGGAACUGGAGAUUGAUGAUCUGAAGAAGAGAGACACCGAGCUAAAUCGGCUUUCACACACAGAUGAUCACAUCCAUUUUCUACAGAGUUUUCAGUCUCUUUCUGUUGUUCCCGAAUCCACAAAAAACAUCAAUGUCAGUUCUCUUCUCUCUUAUGAUGAUGUUGGUAAAUCUGUCUCUAUGCUAAGAGAGAAAUUUGAGGACAUCUUCAAAGAGGAGAUAAACAAUAUAUCUGACAGAGUGAAAUACAUAGAUAUUGUUGCAUCAUCAGAACUCAAGACCUUAGAUGAUUUCCUGCAAUAUUCCCAGCAGCUCACCCUGGAUCCGAACACUGCACAUAAAUAUCUCAGUCUUUCUGAAGGCAACAGAGCAGCUACAUUCAUUGGGGCUGACCAGCGGUAUCCUGAUCAUCCGGACAGAUUUCAUGGUUUUUCUCAGGUGUUGUGUAGAGAGAGUGUGUGUGGACGCUGUUACUGGGAGGUGGAGUGGAGCGGGAGGGUUGGUGUGGGAAUAUCAGUGUCGUAUAAAAGCAUCGGCAGGAAAGGAGAGGGUGAUGAUUGUGCAUUCGGAUUUAAUGAUCAUUCUUGGAGAUUGUCAUGCUCUGACUCCAGUUAUGCAUUCAGACACGAUCAGAAAGCAGUUAAUCUCCCUGUGUUCCCCAGCUCCUCUAGAAUAGGAGUGUAUGUGGAUCACAGAGCAGGCAUUCUGUCUUUCUACAGCGUCUCUGACACAAUGACCCUCAUCCACAGAGUCCAGACCACAUUCACUCAGCCGCUCUAUCCGGGGUUUGCCAUCAAUUUAGGAUCAACAGUGAAGCUGUCAUCUUUAAAAUUCUAUGAAUAGUGGCAUAUUAAACUUCAUAAUAAAAAUAAAUGGGUAUGGUUAUCACAUUUUUCUCCCAUCUUAUAAUUAUCUGGAAUGGAACUGCACAAACAGUAUUAUUAUUUUGGGGGAAACUAAUUGAUAAAUUGUAUAGGUAUGGGUGUCCUGGUUAACUUGCUGCUAGUCUUCACAAAGAUACUUCUCUGAAGAGUUCUGGUAGUCUCUGAACUCUUAAUUUUUAAGCAUUUGCAUUUAACUUGGAUGUCUUAUGAAAUUUGCUCUAAAAUAAACUACUACUUGCAUCAGACCUUGACAGUAUUUUACAAAAUGCUUAAGUAAAAUAGAUUCUUGUUUGUUUUAAUAUUAAGGACAUUGAUUUUAUAAAUGUGUUCAACUUUUAGCACCAAAACAUUAAAGCAGUGGUUUUAGUUGGUCAAAGGUGCAGUGGUUUUAGACUCAAAAUAGCAACGCUCCAUGAACAGUGCACCUGAACACACUUAGUUUUCAGACAUUAUUCAGACCAGGACCCUUUUCAGACCUCUCAGGAAGAUAUCGUUGUGUUUGGUUAUGUUGGGCAAUGUCUAUAAUAUUUUCAUGCAGAAGAAUGUGCCUUUUCUUAGACUGUGGGCACUUUUGAUAAGUUCUAAAUAUUUCAACAUAAGUAUACUGUCAUAAUCUUUUUCUUGUGUAUAAUGAUAAACACAACUACAACUGCUUGUUUAAGCAUAAGAAAUUUAAUUAAAGUUUAUUAAACACACACACACACACACAAAUUUUUUUAUUGUUAAAUGUAGUAAUGUUCAGUUGAACAAAAUAGGGUCGAUUAAUUGACAGUAAUCAACUAAACUGUGUUAUAAAAACCUUCAAUUAAAAACUACAGGUCAUUAAUCUAUAUACGGUAAGUAUACUAACUAUACAUUACAAUUAUAGCAACUGACUAAAUAUAAAUUAAAAACUUCAAAUGCUAAACAAAACACAAAUAUAAUAAUU